UUAAUUUUUGCAAAUUACAUAGCCCAGCUUUAGAAAACUCCGUACCCGAUUUCUGCUGGUCUUUCGAUCUCUGUAUGGGUUCUGAGAACGAAGUAUUUCCGUGAUCUCCUCUAAAAUGCGAUCGAAGCCAUCCAAUCUAGGGUGUUUGCAGCUCUGAGUGUUCUUCCUUCGAAGAAACCAUUAUCAAAUGAAUCUCCAAACAAUCGCCAACCCAACUUCUCCUUUUCUAGCGCCAAAAAGCACCGAUUCGCCCGCCACAAUCGACUUCCAGCCUGACCAUACCAUUCCUGCCAUCGGCGGCCGGAAAUGUCAAGGGGCAUGGUACAGUGUUGUUUUAGUGUUGCCGGCUAUCCUAUUCGUGGUGUACUUGGGGAUCAACGCGAAGAAGAAUUUGAGGAAGCUAUGGAAUGGGAGGUCCUACAUAAUGAUUUCCUAUUAUACCCUUCUCUGGUUGGCUAGCUCUCUCAAUCUCGCUUGGUGCUGUCUUCAGGCUUGGCAAUGUUCUUCUGGGAAGGAGAUUGCUUGGAAUUUCCUGUCAUUGUUCACAGGUUCCGCAAUGCUGUGCUUGGAAAUUAGCUUAAUGGCUUUCUUGCUCCAGGAUAGUUAUGCAAGUGGAUUGGAAACUUUAACCCGUAUUUUCGCUGUCUCAGGAAUCAUUGUGGGUGUGGAUAUACUUUUUAAGGGAAUUUAUGUUUUUGGAUUUGGGGUCCCACUGUUCAUUGAUGGUGAUGAUAGUAUACAAAGAAUGAAGUGGGGCCUGUGGAUUAUCCACAAGCUAUUGCUCACAGCAGUUUAUGGCUACAUAUUAUUUGUGCAUUUCGCAAAAUGGAGAGAGAGGCUGCCUCCUAGACCAGCGUUCCACAACUACGUUAUAGUGAUGUUUGUCAUUAAUGCUGUGGCAUUGUUUGCAUGUGGGCUUGCUGUACUUGGGGCUGGCUUUGGCAUUUGGUUGUACGAUUUCAUGGUUGUCUGCUAUCACUCUCUUUACCUUCCUUUUCUCUACAUAACAUUUCUAGCAGAUUUUUUCCAGGAAGAAGAUUUCCUUUUGGAUAAUGCAUAUUACUCUGAGAUGAAGGAUGCCGGCUUCUUUGAUGCUGAUUGGGAUUAAUUCACUAACGGGUGAAUUGAAAAAUGGCAUACAAUUGUAUUCUCUGUAAAUAAAUGUGAAUGAAAAAAACAUUUAAUUCUGUUGAUAAAGCAAACAAAAAGUGGAUGAAUUGUGCCUUUCUUUUGUUAUUUUGAUUUUGAAUAAUUAUUUAGGAAAUCUAUAAUAUGAUGAAUGUAGUGUUAAAUUUGAAUAGCUAUGAAAAUUGUCAUUUCGUGUAAA